AGGCAAUGAUUCAUGUGAAUACCUUCUCUCAAGUGGCAGAUUUCUUGGAGAAAAAGUUUGGCAACCACACAGUUGUAUGAUGCAUAAAUAUAAAAUCAGUGAAGCGAAGAAUUGCCUUGUAGAUAAACAUAUUGCAUUUAUUGGAGAUUCCAGAAUUCGUCAAUUGUUUUACUCUUUUGUAAAAAUAAUUAACCCUCAAUUCAAAGAAGAAGGAAAUAAGCAUGAAAACAUUCCUUUUGAAGACAAGAUUGCAUCAGUUAAAGUGGAUUUUCUGUGGCAUCCAGAAGUUAAUGGUUCUAUGAAACAGUGUAUCAAAGUGUGGACUGAGGAUUCUGUUGCAAAGCCCCAUGUGAUUGUAGCAGGAGCUGCCACAUGGUCCAUCAAGAUUCACAAUGGUAGCAAUGAAGCACUUUCUCAAUAUAAAAUGAACAUUACCUCCAUAGCACCGCUUUUAGAAAAAUUGGCAAAGACUAGUGAUGUUUAUUGGGUCUUACAAGAUCCAGUUUAUGAAGAUCUAUUAAGUGAAAAUAGAAAAAUGAUCACUAAUGAGAAGAUAGAUGCCUACAAUGAAGCUGCAGUCAGUAUUUUGAAUAGUAGCACCAGAAAUUCUAAGUCAAAUGUUAAGAUGUUCAGUGUUUCCAAAUUAAUUGCUCAAGAAACCAUCAUGGAGUCUUUGGAUGGCUUACAUCUUCCUGAAUCAAGCAGAGAAACUAGUGCAAUGAUUCUUAUGAACGUGUACUGCAAUAAGAUUUUGAAGCCUGUAGAUGGUUCCUGUUGUCAACCCCAGCCUCCUCUUACUCUCAUACAGAAACUAGCUGCUUGUUUUUUCACCUUAUCUAUUAUUGGAUAUUUAAUUUUUUAUGUAAUUCAUCGUAAUGCUCAUCGAAAGAAUAAGCCAUGUACUGAUUUGGAAAGUGGUGAGGAAAAGAAAAAUAUUAUUAAUAACCCUGCAUCUCCAUUAGAAAUACUUUUACAAUCUUUCUGCAAACUUGGCCUGAUUAUGGCUUACUUCUACAUGUGUGACCGUGCAAAUCUGUUUAUGAAGGAAAACAAGUUUUAUACACAUUCAUCUUUCUUUAUUCCAAUUAUCUACAUCUUGGUUUUGGGAGUAUUUUACAAUGAAAAUACUAAAGAGACUAAAGUAUUAAAUAGAGAACAAACAGAUGAGUGGAAGGGCUGGAUGCAACUUGUGAUUUUGAUUUAUCACAUCUCUGGAGCAAGUACUUUUUUGCCUGUGUAUAUGCACAUUCGAGUCCUGGUUGCUGCAUAUCUGUUUCAGACAGGGUAUGGACAUUUUUCAUAUUUUUGGAUAAAAGGAGACUUUGGAAUCCAUAGAGUAUGUCAGGUCUUAUUUCGUCUCAAUUUCCUGGUAGUGGUGUUAUGUAUAGUAAUGGAUCGGCCUUAUCAAUUCUAUUACUUUGUUCCCUUGGUCACUGUAUGGUUCAUGGUCAUAUAUGUUACUUUAGCACUGUGGCCACAGAUUAUCCAAAAGAGAGCAAACGGAAAUUGUUUCUGGCAUUUUGGCUUAUUGUUGAAACUAGGCUUUUUGCUGUUAUGCAUAUGUUUUUUGGCAUAUUCUCAGGGUGCAUUUGAGAAGAUCUUUUCUCUUUGGCCAUUGUCCAAGUGUUUUGAACUGAAAGGGAAUGUAUAUGAAUGGUGGUUCAGAUGGCGGUUAGACCGUUAUGUAGUCUUCCAUGGAAUGCUGUUUGCUUUUAUUUAUUUGGCUUUACAGAAGCGUCAAGUACUUUCUGAAGGAAAGGGUGAACCUCUUUUUUCAAACAAAAUUUCAAACUUUCUAUUGUUUAUUUCAGUAGUUUCUUUCUUGACCUAUUCCAUCUGGGCUAGCAGUUGUAAAAACAAAGCAGAGUGCAAUGAACUCCACCCAUCUGUUUCUGUGGUGCAGAUUUUAGCCUUCAUCCUAAUAAGGAAUAUUCCUGGAUAUGCCCGUUCAGUUUACAGUUCAUUUUUUGCUUGGUUUGGAAAAAUUUCAUUAGAGCUGUUUAUUUGUCAGUAUCACAUAUGGCUGGCAGCCGACACAAGGGGUAUUUUGGUACUCAUACCUGGAAACCCUAUGCUCAACAUCAUUGUCAGCACUUUUAUCUUCGUUUGUGUGGCACAUGAAAUUUCUCAGAUCACUAAUGAUCUUGCACAGAUUAUUAUUCCUAAAGAUAACUCAUCUCUCUUGAAAAGGUUGGCAUGUAUAGCUGCGUUUUUUUGUGGACUACUCAUCUUAUCGUCCAUUCAAGAUAAAUCAAGACAUUAGGUUCCUAAAAUCUCAAAAAACUUAAAACUCUUCAGGCUUACUUUGUGUUUGACUGGAGACGAGAGGAUCUAUCUGGAAAUACAAAUGUCUGUGUAAAUACAAACAUGUGGCAAAAGAACAGUUUAGGGAUGUCUGUUGAACAGUGUGGUUGUAUAUAUCGGCAGUGUACAUACCUGAUGUGAAAUACUAGAAAAAAUUGAUGAACCAGAAUGCAGCAUAGGAGUGCAUGUGAAAAGUCUUUUCUACUGGAGCUAUUUUCCAUUUAUAAUGAUUAUAAGUUAACUUAUGAAGGCAGGGGAAUGUUUACCUUUCCAGUACAAAGUAUAGAUGAUUUAAUUAGCCUAGUGACACCACUGUUUUGAUAUUUACUAAAUUUGUGGUAAUAAGAUUGUCUGUGCCUGUCUUCAUUGUGGAACUUCUACUUCAUUGAAAACUUUUCUACUCAAGAAUGACUUGCAGUAUUGUGUUCUUAUGUGCAAUGACAUGGAAUGAUGAACAGUAUGCCUUUAAUUUAUAUGUAUUCAUGUUCUGCUUGUUCAUGUUUGCUGACAUGAUUUUUGUCCUUACUGUAGUUGUCAGGUAUACAAGUCUAAAUCUUCGUACCCUUUGUCUCUCAGAAUUGUUCUAAGGCUCCAUGACAGGAUUUUAUCAUUGUUGAUGUUGUCAUUGCUUCUUUUUGUAAAAAGGCCAAAUUUUCCUUUUCAGUGCAAACAUACACCCAUUUCUUUUCCUUAAGCUCUAGCAGUGUAAUACCAGUUACCCUGUGGUUUAAUGUUUUCUCCUCCCUAAUUAAUUUUUGUAUAUUAUUUCCAAUGUUUGGAAAGUUCUUUAUAACCAUUUUGGUAUUUCCUAUUAUCCCUCCCAUUAAAAAAAUAUUUAUCAGUCUAAACAUGUGCAGUAAAGAUUCACUUUGUUAUGAUGGAGAUGUUUGUCUGUAGUAGAAUUUUAAGUAAACUGGUGACUUGGGCAAUAAAUGUUUUUUGUUUGUUUUUUUAUAAGCUAACUGUUAGAGGUAAAUGUUUAUUUAUCUGUUGUACAGAUUUGAUUAUGAUUUUUAAUGUUUGAAAGAUUGCACUUAUUUGCUUUUACUAUGUGAGGUAAAAUAUAUUUUCUGUUCACAGUAUGUAAAAAUGUGGAGUAAUUUAAACAGUAAAUAAACAUUCUGUGGAUGCUUAUUUUUGUAUUGGCAAAGGAUCAAUUAAACUACUUAUGUUCAUUUUUUUUAAAAGCUCGAUCAUUAAUAAUUGGUUCAGGUUUCUAAUUCAUUUCUUUAAUUUCAGUGUGCUUUUUCAAACUCAUUAAACAGGAAUAGAUCUCUAAGUUACAGUGAGUAAGGAAUAAUUUAGUUGUUAGGGCUUUUAAGGAUAAUCUCUUCUUCUACCAGAAAGUUUAAGCAUCAUGGUAUAUAUGUAAUUUUACUUGAAGAUUUUUAAAAUUUAAUUAUCAUUUCUGUAGCACUGGGUUUAUGUGCUACUGAUAUGUUUCCACUAAUUGAGGAAUAUUUCUUGGACAGAAGUGUGUGUUUUUUUCCUUUUCUCUCUUCUUCUGCCCUUACUUAAUCUUUUGACAUUUCCCGGAUAGACAAUUGUAAUGAUUCAUUGCUCUGCCUCCUAGACUGCAGCCUUAUAAGUAGAGAAUAGUACAGUUAUAAAUCAAAAACUUCCAAGUACUGUGAUCACAUUAUUCUUGCUCAUGUAGCUUGCCAAUGAGUAGAGUGCAUUUUAAUUUAGCUUGUAAGUUUUAUCACCUGAAAAAGAUUUUUCCUGAUGAAACAAUUGAAAAAGAAAGAUGACCAGUAACUUACAUCUUUCAGUAGUGAUUGCCAUGUGAUUAUAUAUAAGCUUUUCUCUCUUAUUUGAACUCAGGCCUAAAACUUAACUGGUAAGCCCUAUUUCUUCAUCACAUGUUCUUAUUUAAUAUACAAAAUUAUUUUUUAGGUGUAACUAUGUUUAAUAAUUAAAAUAUAGCAUAUUUAUACUUAAAAUUAUUUAAUAUGUCUUGAUAAGUAAGAGUUAUUGUGGAAGUGGGCACAAUGAUAUGCAUCUGUGUAUGGUAAAUGUUCUAAAUUUUUUUCUGCAUUGAUUCAUGUACUGACCAGUUUCUUUACUCAGUCAUGAGAUUCUUCAAAUAAGAUGUUUAAAAACAUAUUUGGAUAUGCUAAAAUUGAGGUAAAAACCACAAAAGUUUCUUUACUUAGUCUUUCUGUAAUAAAAAUUACAUUCAGAAAUCA